UACAAUUUUAAAAUAUCCCGCCAUUUGAGCACAGAAUUUUUACAGCUUUCGCGCGGGAACCGUUACACGUGUUUCAUUUGGGAAGGCAAUGCUGCGAUGUGUGGUAUCAGAACAAGGAAAUUGCAUGCUUUGGAAGAAACUUACAAUCUACUUCACGAGCAUAGUUAGCUAUGAUAGGAAUCGACUACUCCCUCCCUUAUGAUUACAUUGCUGAACAAUGAACGAGAAGAAAUACGACAAAGAUUUUACCAAAAUACCAUGGAUGCCAGCAGUUAAAUCAAUUGAAGAAUCCAUAGAUCUGUCAGUAUGUCAGAAAUCUGUAGGAAAGCAAAGAUUAAAAAGUCAUUCUUGGACGAAAAUCACAUCCAAAAAACAUAUGAAUAGAUACAUAAAAUUAUCGGAAGAUUUUGGGAGCAUAUUUACAUCAACAGUAUAUCAACUUCAUAGUAAAAAGUUAUCAGAAGGGAGAAUACGCAUGGAAGCGAGUCCAUAUAUUUUUAAACACAAACUCACGUUUCCUCCUGUAGAAUAUCAGAAAAAAUAUAAAGUUACAGAAUCUUCAACAAUAUGAGGCUGAAAUGCCAAAGUCAAUAGAGGAUCAAAGGAAUAAUUUAUUAAAAGAAAUUAAUGAGAAGCAGAUAAGAUAUGCUGAAAUAGAAGACAAUGAAAUAAUUUGCUUAAGUAAUCGCGAAUGUAUAAAUAACGAAUUAAGCACAUAUGAUUACAAUAACUUUGAAAGAGCGAAGAAAUAUAUUACCAGUAAAUUGCUGAAACGAGAAGAUUUCAAUGAAUUACUAGAAGAACUGAAGCUAGAAAUCAUUGAAAGCUACAAGCAAAGUCUUCGGUACAUUAUUCUCGAUUGCAUCCUUUUGGACGAUGACAAAAGGAAAAGAUUACGUAUAGAAACAUCACUGGUAAAUUAUCAACUUCUAACUGUACGAGCACCUGUUCCCUGGCAUCAGUCUAAAUUAAUGGCAGAACAUUAUGUGCAGUAUAAUUUGUUCAUCGGAAAUGAGAUACUCAGAGAUAUUCAAGAUCUCUACUUUUCCAAGUAUCAAGAUACGAUGAUACUGAGAAUUCAAGAUUUAGGAGAACUCCCGAUCUCAGCUUUUGAGAUAGAGUUCAGGGUGAAUUCAUUAUGCGACGAGGCAAUAAAUAAACUGAAAAAAGAAUGGUUGGCUAAUAUCGCCGACAUUUUCCUGGAGAAAAAGGAUACUUGGUCUUGUCUGGUUGAGGAGCAUCACAAUGCCUCCACGACGUUGAUAAAAAAAUAUUUUUCAAGCGUGAAUACACUGAUGUCUAAACAGCUACGAACGAUGGUCAUGAAAACGUUGGAACAUAUCAAAAAAUUUUUUAUAGACUACAGGAAUGGAAAUUAUUUUGAUGGUAAUUACGAAGACCUGAUGUUCUACAAGCCAACUUUUCUAACAAUAGUAAUCGAACCAGAACUCGGUACUCCACGUUUACAUUGUAAACCGAGUAUUCCAGAGGUGCGAGAAAUUAUAUCAAGAUGUAUCAACAAUAUCCUUACAGUGGCAACAUUUAUUCCAAGUAUCGAAACCAUUUUAUUUCCUGAAUUAAAAUGUCACGACUACUUGUCUUCUGUGUCAAGAUACGAAGAAAAGGUAUCAAAAAUAAUCAGUGACAUAUUAGACAUUGUCAGCGUACACACAGCAGGGCCAGGAAUCUAUUUACAGUGCUACGAAGAUCUGUUGUACAUCUUGGACGGACAAGCCAAGAGGAAUCUGGAGAACUUUUUCAAAAUCGAGCCAGUUCCAUUUCUGCGUGAAUUUGAGAACAGAAUACGAGACUAUGACAGCCUCCGCAAAGAGAUCAUCGUAUUUCGUAAUAAAGUUCCCCUCAACAUGAUCGAGAUCGAUUGCUCUCUGGUGAACGACACUAUAAGGCGGAUCCUCUACGACCUCCGCAGUGAAAUCUGCGAGCACUUCGCCGAGGAAUUACGGACAAACAACCGUGAGCUGUGCUCGAGCUUCGACACGAUAGCGGAGAACAUCUCGAAGAUGCCGGAGAAAACGCAGGAGGUGGUCGACCUGUACAAUUAUCUGUGCGAGAGUCGCGACUCGACGAUGUUCAACAUGAAGAGGCAACUGGCUCGUUCCGUCGAGUUAAUAUUAUUCCUGUUCGAUUACCAAGCGCCGACGACCGACGACAUCCAGUUGAAUUCGCGAGCCAUCACGUGGCCGAAGGAAAUGGACACGGUGAUGGAAUUGGCGAACACCAGGCUGAACAUGAGGAAAGAAUUCCUCGAGGAGGUGCUGCGCAUAAGGAAGGAGACCUUCGAGCACACGAUCAAGAAUAUGGAGCUGGGCAUCGACCAGUUCAAAAGGAAGGAUCCUCCGAUACUGACGAUCACCGAGAUGGAGGAAGCUGCGAGGGAAGCGGAACAGCUCUCCGCAGGUAUGGCGGCGAUCAGGCAAGAAGCCGAGAAGAUCAACGAGGAGGAGUCGCUGCUGGACAUGGAGCUGAGCCCGUACCUAGCGUUGCCAGCGAUGUCCAGCAUCGUGAACACGUUGGACACGGUCUGGCACACGGCCCUGAGUUUCCACGUCAAUUACGACAAGUGGUACUACGGUCCUUUCGCCGGGCUCGACGCCGAAGAGAUCAACGAGACGACGGAGACCACGUGGCGAACGUUGUACAGGCUGUCUCGCGUCCUGACCGACGUGCCUGGCGCGAGGCGGAUCGUGGAGACGAUGCGCAGCAAGGUGGAGAAGUUCAAGCAGCUGAUCCCUGUGCUGCAGAUCAUAUGCACCCCAGGACUGCAGGACCGCCACUGGGACCAGAUCAGUAAAAUAGUGAACGCGCGAAUAGCGCCCACGGACACCAGUUGUCUGUCCGACAUGAUAGAGUACGGGUUGCCGGUGCACAUAGGCAAGCUGGAGGAGAUAGCGUCCGCGGCGGUGAAGGAGCACGGGCUGCAGCAGAAUCUGCAGAAGAUGAAGGACGAGUGGAGCAGCAUCGUGUUCGACUUAACCCUGUACCGGGAGACCGGCGUGCAGAUCCUGACUGCUGUGGACGACAUCCAGGUGCAGCUGGACGACCACAUCCUGAAGGCGCAGACCAUGCGGAGCUCGCCGUUCGUGAAGGCCUUCGAGCAGGAGAUGCAGCAGUGGGAGGACAAGCUGCUGCUCAUGCAGGACAUCAUCGACCAGUGGCUGAUGUGCCAGGCGACGUGGAUGUACCUCGAGCCGAUCUUCAGCAGCGAGGACAUCAUGCGCCAGAUGCCCACCGAGGCGAAGAACUUCCGGCGCAUGGACAAAAUCUGGCGUGGCAUCAUGGGCUACGUGGCGAGCAACAAGCGCGUGCUGGACGCGACCGCCAUGCCGAAGAUGCUCGGCGAGUUCAAGCUGUGCAACUCGCUGCUCGACGAGAUACAGAAGGGCCUGAAUGACUACCUGGAGAAGAAGCGUCUGUUCUUCCCGAGGUUCUUCUUUCUGUCCAACGACGAGCUGUUGGAGAUCCUGUCCGAGACGAAGGACCCGCAGCGCGUGCAGCCGCACCUGAAGAAGUGCUUCGAGGGCGUCAGCAAGCUCCGCUUCACCAAGGAGGAGGAGAUCAUCGGGAUGCUCUCCGAUCAAGAGGAGUACGUGCCGCUCAGCGGGAAGAUAUACCCGGCGGACGCGAAGGGCAUGGUGGAGAAGUGGCUGAGCCAGGUGGAGAAGCUGAUGGUCGCGUCCUUACGCGACAUCGCCGAAGAGAGCGUGAUCGCGUACUUCACCGUGCCCAGGGACGAGUGGAUCUUCUCCUGGCCCGGGCAGAUCGUCAUCUGCGCCAGUCAGGUGCACUGGACCAGCGAGGUCUGCGAGUCCUUCGAAGCACGCUCCACCGCAGACUAUCUGCUGCAGUGCAACGCUCAGAUAGAGGACGCGGUGGCGUUGGUCAGGGGCAAGCUGGACACCGGCGCCAGGAUAACGAUGAACGCUCUGAUAGUGAUCGACGUGCAUGCGCGGGACGUGGUCAGGCUGCUCGUCGACAAGCGGGUGGACCACGCGUUGGACUUCGACUGGAUCUCGCAGCUGAGGUACUACUGGCUGGACAACAGCGUCACCGUCUCCAUGAUCACGACCAGCGUAGCCUACGCCUUCGAGUACCUCGGGAACACAGCCCGGCUGGUGAUCACGCCGUUGACCGACAGAUGCUACAGAACCUUGAUGGGAGCGUUGAAGCUGAACUUCGGCGGCUCGCCGGAGGGACCGGCCGGCACCGGGAAGACCGAGACGGCCAAGGACCUGGCGAAAGCUGUGGCCAAGCAGUGCGUGGUGUUCAACUGCUCGGACGGCCUGGACUACAAAGCCAUGGGCAAGUUCUUCAAGGGCCUGGCUCAGUCCGGCGCUUGGGCCUGCUUCGACGAGUUCAACCGCAUCGAGCUGGAGGUCCUCUCUGUGAUCGCUCAGCAGAUCCUCUCCAUACAGAUGGCUAUAAGCAUGAAGAUGGAACGCUUUAUGUUCGAGGGCACCGAGCUCAAGCUGAACCCGACCUGCUACAUCAUAAUCACGAUGAACCCCGGCUACGCUGGCCGCCAGGAGCUGCCCGACAACCUGAAGGUCCUGUUCCGCUCGGUGGCCAUGAUGGUGCCGGACUACGCGAUGAUAGGCGAGAUCACUCUGUACUCGUUCGGCUUCAUAGACGCCAAGAACCUGGCGGAGAAGAUCGUCCACACUUACAAGCUCUGCUCCGAGCAGCUCAGCUCGCAGAACCACUACGACUACGGGAUGCGUGCUGUGAAGACGGUGCUGGUCGCCGCUGGCAACUUGAAGCUCAAGUACCCGACGGAGAACGAGUCCAUGCUGGUGCUCCGAGCCAUCGUCGACGUGAACCUUCCCAAGUUCUUGGCUCAGGACGUCCCUCUAUUCAACGGCAUCUACACCGACCUGUUCCCGAGCGUCGAGCUGCCUCAGCCGGACCGGGACGAGCUGAUCGAUCUGCUGAGGCUCGUGCUGCGGAAGCGCAAUCUGCAGCCCACGGUUUGGUACAUGGAGAAGAUCGUUCAGAUCUACGAGAUGGUGCUGGUGCGUCACGGGCUGAUGAUCGUCGGAAGAACUCUCAGUGGAAAGACGAAGGCUUAUCAGUGCCUGGCGGACGCUUUGGGCGACCUGUCCGGUAAAAGGCGGGCCGCCAUGAGGGAGUACCAGACCGUUUACAGGAUCAUCAAUCCGAAGGCCAUCACUCUGGAGCAACUGUACGGCAGCUUCGACCCGGUGUCCCACGAAUGGAGCGACGGCGUCCUGGCGAAUAUGUUCAGAGAGUUCGCGCAGUCCUUCUCCGUGGACCGCAAGUGGAUCGUGUUCGACGGCCCCGUGGACGCGGUGUGGAUCGAGAGCAUGAACACCGUGCUGGACGACAAUAAGAAGCUCUGUCUGAUGUCCGGGGAGAUCAUCGCCAUGUCGAGCAAGAUGAACAUGGUGUUCGAGCCUGCGGACCUGGAGCACGCAUCCCCGGCCACCGUCAGCAGAUGCGGCAUGAUCUACAUGGAACCAUCCCAGCUCGGCUGGAACGCGUUGUUCGACUCGUACAAGAAGUAUCUGAAAGAGAAGCUGCUCCUCGAACAAUUCGAGCUUGUCGUGGAACUGGUCGAUUGGCUGACAAACCCGGUCCUGUCUUUUAUAGGACGCCAUUGUAAAACGUUCAUAGAGGUGUCGGAGCUUCAUGUGUUUUUGUCCUUUACCAGGCUUUUCACUGCCAUGCUGAACGAGGAAACGCAAGUUAGCACUGUUUGGUUGCAAUGCAUACUGUUGUUCAGCAUGGUCUGGGGGAUGUGCUCGACGUUGACCAGCGACAGCAGGAAGUCCUUCGACGUGUUUUUGAAAAGAUUGUUGCUCGGCAACGACGAAGAACAUCCCAGGCCGAAAUCGUUUAAAUUGUCGAAGCAACAGCUCUUCCCUGAUAAGGGUACCGUCUAUGACUGGAUAUACGACAAGAGGAACAAUGGCUGCUGGAUAUCUUGGAUGGACGCAACAUUACUGGCGUCUUUGUUACCGGAAUCGAAGUCCAAUCAGCUAAUAGUGCCAACGUCCGAAGUAGUAAUCCAGAACUUCUUCCUAACGAACCUGCUGCACAGAUCGGUACCUCUCCUAUUCGUGGGCCCAACCGGCACUGGCAAAUCCGUGGUCACCUUAGAUUACCUGGUGUCCUUGAACAGAGACAAAUAUCUCGAGAACGUGAUAAACUUCAGCGCCUGCACUACUGCCCUUCAGACUCAGGAGAUGGUGAUGUCCAAGCUGGACCGUAGGAGGAAGGGUGUGUACGGUCCGCCAAUGGGAAAGAAGUGCAUCCUUUUCGUGGACGACUUGAGCGUGCCGCAGAAGGAAACGUACGGUGCGCAGCCACCGAUCGAACUGAUCCGCCAGUGGAUAGAUCACGGGCACUGGUUCGACGCGAAGGACACAACGACGCUGUACUUGGUGGACAUGUUCUUGAUCGCUGCGAUGCUGCCGCCCGGCGGGAGCUCGAAUGAGGUGACGGCCAGGUUGACUCGACACAUGCAGGUGAUCGGCAUCGACGUGUUCGAGGAGGCAACCAUGUCGAGGAUCUUCUCCACGAUCCUGGAGAUCCACUUCGCCAAGGGGUUCCCCGCGGACGUUUCGAGGCUGGGGAAGAUGAUCGUGAACGCCACGAUGGGCAUCUAUUUCGCGGCUAUUCGGAAUUUCCUGCCGACCCCGGCGAAGAGCCACUACACGUUCAAUCUGCGCGACUUCAGUCGAGUGAUCAGGGGCGUGCUUCUGGUGCCAGCCUCCAGGAUGCAGGACCCGGACAAACUGAUCAGGCUGUGGAUUCACGAGGUGUACAGGGUGUUCAACGAUAGACUGAUAGACGAGAACGAUCAGGAAGUCCUGCUGCGAAUGGUGCGGCACACCUGUUACGACCAACUCAGGCAACCGUUGGAGAAAGUGCUCGCCAGGUUCCUGAAGGAGGGCGAGAAGGACGUCGAGAGUUCGCACGUGCAGGACCUCCUCUUCGGCAACUACAUAGAGCCCGACGCCGAUCCGAAAGUCUACGAUGAGGUGGUCGACCUGGAGGACCUGCAGAGUAAAAUGGAUUAUUAUUUGGCAGAGUACAACAUGCUCUCGAAGACGCGGAUGACGUUGGUCCUGUUCAGGUACGCUGUGGACCACGUUUCUCGCGUCUCGCGGAUACUCGUGCAGGAGAACGGCCACGCGCUUCUGGUAGGCAUCGGUGGGUCCGGCCGAAGUUCCUGCGCGAAACUGGCGACCAGCAUGUGCGAGUACGCGAUGUACCAAGUGGAGAUGAGCAGGGCGUACGGGUUCACCGAGUGGCGGGAGGACAUGAAGACCCUGCUGCUGCGCGUGGGCUGCGACGGGAAGUCCACCAGCUUCCUCUUCGGCGAUCAUCAGAUCAAAACGGAGUCGUUCGUCGAGGAUCUGAACAUGAUCCUGAACACGGCGGACAUACCCAAUUUGUACAACACCGAGGAGAAGGCUGAGAUUCUAGAGAAAAUGUCAGGCCUGUCCCGCGACGGUGGCAAGAAGGUCGAGACGACGCCGAUGACGCUUUACAGCGCGUUCCUGGAGAGGGUAGCGAGGAAUCUCCACCUGAUACUGACCAUGUCGCCGAUCGGCAACGCUUUCAGGAACCGACUGCGAAUGUUCCCGUCCCUGAUCAACUGUUGCACCAUCGACUGGUACAUGACGUGGCCAGACGACGCCCUGGAGAAGGUGGCGCGGGUGUCCCUGCAGAACUUGAACAUCGGCGAGGACCAGCGGGAGAAGUGUGUUCACGUCUCCAAGGGGUUCCACGUGAGCAUCGUUCGGGCUAGCGAGGACUACUUUAGGACGCAAGGUAGGAGGUACUACGCGACACCGACCAGCUUCCUACAGCUGAUCGGGCUGCUGGGCAAGCUGUACAAUCAGAAGAUUCAAGAGAUAGUGUUGCAGCAGAACCGUUACGUCACCGGGCUGGAGAAGCUAGACUUCGCAGCCGGGCAGAUAGCGGUGAUGAAGGAGGAGCUGCAAGAGCUGCAGCCGAAGUUAAUGGCGCAGUCCGAGUUGAGCAACAAGCUGAUGAUCAAGAUAGAGCAGGACACCAUCAACAUAGAGGCGAGGAAGGAAGUGGUGGCAGCCGAGGAGGCAUUGGCGAACGAGGCAGCCGCGGCUGCCCAGGCUAUCAAGGACGACUGCGAGAGCGACCUGGCGGAGGCCACUCCGGCGCUGGAAGCCGCCCUGGCCGCGCUGGACACUCUGAAACCGGCGGACGUUACCAUUGUCCGGUCCAUGAAGAGUCCGCCGGCAGGCGUGCGGCUGGUGAUGGAAGCCGUGUGCGUGCUGAAAGGCGUGAAGCCCGAGAAGCUCACGGACCCGGCCACCGGUCAGACGACAGAGGACUAUUGGCCAGCCUCCAUCAAAGUGCUGGGCGACAUGAAGUUCCUCGAGAGCUUGAAGAAUUUCGACAAGGACAACAUACCGGCGGCGUACAUGAAGAAGAUCCGCGAGAAGUUCAUCAACGACCGGAGCUUCCAGCCGGAAGCGAUCAAGAAGGUGUCCACCGCCUGCGAGGGCCUCUGCAAGUGGGUGCGAGCGAUCGAGGUCUACGACCGGGUGAUCAAGGUGGUGAAGCCGAAGCAGGAGAUGCUCGCGGAAGCGGAGGCAGCGCUCGCCUCGCAAAUGGAGGCUCUGAACGCGAAACGGGCGCUCCUGCAGGAGGUCACGCAGAAGCUGCAGGCCCUGAACGACGAGUUCGCCGAGUGCAUGAGGGAGAAAAAGAAGCUGGAGGACCAGAUCAACUUCUGCAUGCAGAAGCUGGACAGAGCUGAGAAGCUACUGGGAGGCUUGAGCGGCGAGAAGGACAGGUGGAGCGACACGGCGAUCGCGUUAGGGCAGAGCCUCCGCAACGUCAUCGGGGACGUCCUGUUGUGCUCCGGGAUGAUCGCUUAUCUGGGCGCUUUCACCGUAGACUACAGAACCAGUCUGAUUGCUGAAUGGCACUCGACGUGUCUCGACGCUCCCAUCCCUUGCGGCGCGGUGUUCAGCUUGACCGACGUUCUGGGCAGGCAAGUGGAAAUCAGGGCGUGGACGAUCUUCGGCCUCCCCGCGGACAACUAUUCCGUGGAGAACGGUAUAAUCGUGAAGAACGCCGACCGCUGGCCGCUGAUGAUCGACCCGCAGAGCCAGGCGAACAAGUGGGUGAAGAACAUGGAGAGGGAGAACAAGCUGCUGGUCAUCAAGCUCUCCGACCCGAAUUACGUGAAAACGGUGGAGACCUCCAUACAGCUCGGCACGCCUGUUCUACUGGAGAACGUCCUGGAGGAGAUAGACGCCGUACUGGAACCGGUGUUGCUGAAGAACAUCUACAAAGAGCGCGGCGUCCUCUACAUGAGGUUCGGCGAGAAUGUGAUCGAGUAUAACCCCGACUUCCGUUUCUACAUGACCACGUGCCUGAGGAACCCGCACUACCUGCCGGAGGUGGUGGUCAAGGUGACCUUGCUGAACUUCAUGAUCACUCCUCAGGGGCUGGAGGACCAGCUGCUGGGCAUCGUCGUCGCCAAGGACCUGCCGGUCCUCGAGGAGCGCAAGAACCAGCUGAUAGUUGAGGGCGCGAGCAACAGGAAGAUCCUGGAGGAGAUAGAGGACAAGAUCCUGGAGGUGCUGUCCCUGUCGGAGGGCAACAUACUGGAGGACGAGACCGCGAUCACGAUACUGUCCUCGUCGAAGGUGCUGUCCGAGGACAUCCAGGCGAAGCAGAAGAUAGCUGCGAGGACCGCGUCGGAGAUUGACAGCGCUCGCAACGGGUACAAGCCCGUCUCGGAGCACGGCUCCGUCCUCUUCUUCUGCAUCUCCGAGCUGACGAACAUCGACCCCAUGUACCAGUACUCGCUGACCUGGUUCAUUCACCUGUACGUGAUGGCGAUCGCCAACAGCGAGCAGACGAAGGACUUGAAGCUCCGGAUCGGCAGCCUGAAUGAGUACUUCACCGCGAGCAUCUACAGGAACGUCUGCAGGUCUCUGUUCGAGAAAGACAAGCUGAUAUUCUCGUUCGUCCUCUGCGCGGGCCUGAUGCGAGCCAGCGGGCAACUGGACGAGGAUCUGUGGACGUUUCUAUUAACAGGCGGCGUAGCCUUGGACAAUCCCUUCCCCAAUCCUGACCCAACGUGGCUGUCCGAGAGGUCCUGGUCCAAGGUAGUCAGAGCUACAAGCCUGCGCAGCCUGGAGGGGCUGAAGGAAUCUUUCCAAAGGAGCACGUCGCAGUGGAAGGACUACUAUGAUCUGUCCAAUCCCCAGGAGAACGCUUUCCCGCAUCCUUUUCAGCGGGUAACCAAAAGCUUGGCGAAGCUGGUGAUACUCAGCUGUCUGAGGCCGGAUAAGAUAGUGGCUGCUGUGAGGAUGUUCAUCGUUGAACACAUGGGCCAGUCGUUCGUCGAGCCUCCACCGUUCGACCUCCAAGCGUCCUACAAUGACUCCAGCAACGUCACGCCUCUGCUCUUCAUUCUGUCGCCUGGGUCAGAUCCGAUGGCUGGAUUGAUCAGGUUCGCUGAAAAUUAUGGCAUAUCUAAGAAGAACCUGAUGACCAUAUCCCUGGGCCAAGGUCAAGGGCCCAUAGCAGCCAACAUGAUCAACGCUGGUAUUAAGACUGGGGAAUGGGUUGUGCUACAGAAUUGCCAUUUGGCUGUCUCGUGGAUGAAGGAACUGGACAGAAUCUGCGACGAGACCGUCACGCCGGAAAACACCAACGAGAAGUUCAGAUUGUGGCUGACCAGCUACCCCUCGAAGGACUUCCCUAUCUCUAUUCUUCAGAACGGCGUGAAAAUGACCAACGAGCCGCCGAAGGGCUUGAAGAACAAUUUGCUGAGAAGCUACCUGAACGAUCCUAUAUCCGACACAAAAUUUUACAGCAGCUGCAAACGCAUCGUCGAAUGGAGGAGUCUCCUGUUCGCUUUGUGCUUCUUCCACGCCGUCAUUCAGGAGAGACGCAACUUCGGACCUUUAGGCUGGAACAUCCCUUACGAGUUCAACGAGUCGGAUCUACGCAUCAGUAUCUUACAGUUACAACUCUUUUUGAAUGACUAUGACUCGGUGCCGUUCGAUGCGCUUCUCUAUCUGACCGGCGAAUGCAAUUACGGCGGGCGAGUCACGGAUGACAAGGACAGGCGUUUAUUGAAUUCUCUGCUUCAGGGGUUUUACAACCCUCGAGUUAUCGGCGAGCCAGGGUAUUGUUUUUCACCAAGUUGCACGUAUCGUAUGCCUCCGGGUACCGAUCAUCAAGGGUGCGUCGAGUACAUCCGAGGAUUACCAAUUGACCAGCAGCCUGAGGUUUACGGUUUACACGAGAACGCAGAUAUAACGAAGGACAAUCAGGAAUCGAUGCAAUUGCUCGACGGAGCUUUACUGACACAGCCGCACAUUACCGGCGUGGGAGUCGAGCGAGACACCGACGCGAUGGUUUUCAGUUUGUGCGAGGACAUUUUAUCGAAAAUGAGGCCGACGUUCGACGUUGUGCGAGUUGCUGCGAGGUACCCGGUGCUUUACAUGAACAGCAUGAACACUGUUCUUCGUCAGGAGCUGAUUAGAUUCAACGAUCUUCUGGACGUCAUCAACAAUACUUUGGUGAACGUGCAGAAAGCGAUUAAGGGCUUAGUCCUGAUGUCGACGGAAUUGGAAGAAGUUUUCACGAGUAUGAGUGUUGGUAAAGUGCCCGGUGCUUGGAACAGAAAAUCGUAUCCGUCAUUGAAACCGCUCGGAAGCUACGUUCAUGAUCUAUUAGAGAGACUGGACUUCUUUCAAAAUUGGAUAGAUCACGAUGCACCGAAUGUCUUCUGGAUAUCCGGCUUCUUCUUCACUCAGUCGUUUCUCACGGGAGUCUUACAGAAUUACGCGCGCCAACAUAGAAUCCCCAUUGACAGGCUGGACUUUGAAUUUGACGUGACCACAUUUGAAACCAACGUGAAUGCUCCGCCCUCCUAUGGUGUAUACAUAAAGGGCUUAUUUUUGGAAGGUGCUCGAUGGAAUAGAGAAAGAAAAGCACUGGAUGAAUCAAAGCCGAAAAUAAUGUUUGACGUUUUACCAGUCAUCUGGCUACAACCAGGAGUGAAAGCUAACUUUAUUGCUAAAUCUGUUUACUACUGUCCAGUCUAUAAGACAAGCGAAAGACGCGGUGUCUUGGCUACCACUGGUCAUUCCUCCAAUUUCGUGUUAUACAUUUUGCUUGAAACCAAUGUCAGCGAGUCUCACUGGAUUAAACGAGGAGUAGCAUCUUUGUGCCAGCUUGACGACUGAUCGCUAUAUUUUAUGGUGAUACUUAUGAUUGAUGAUUCUGAAUACAUUUAUUUAAAAAAAAUUGUUUAUUUAUUGCAAAAUUUACAAAGGAAACAUGCUCAAUAUCAUCUCAUCGAUGAUCAUGAUAUUGUCAUAUAAUAUUCACAUUACUUUUCAUUUUUAUACAAUUAAAUAUCUAUACAACAGCUGAUUUCCUCAUGUUCGUUCGUACAUGAAAAAGUAAUUAACAAUUUUCAUUAACAUUUUCGAUAGAAAAACGUUAGAGGACAAGAUCAAACCUGAGGAAUAUAUAUACAUAUAUAUUUUCUAAGACUCGUCCAGGUUCAAUCGUGUCGUCCACACGAUAUAAUCCUUUUAGCCAGAGCUAUGAAACUAAUACUGACUUGUGCGCUGAUCGACAUCAGUCGUUUAAGGAAAAUCAAAUCAAAUAAUUAUUUGGAAUGCAUAAUUCGCAUAAAUAAUCUUUCAUUCAAAGAACAUUUAGAAACGGCUUUUGUAAAGUCUUUAUAAUCACAAUAUUCUGAAGGCUUUACAGAAUAGAAAUAAUUCGUUAUUCCUUUACAUCAACAAUUAAAAAUAUAUGGAUCAUCACAAUUCUAUAUAUAUAUAUAUAUCAACAAUUUCAUUUUGUGUACAUAUUUAUACCACCGGACGGAACACUUUUCAAUAAACUUUGCAACACUUCAAAUUUUACGUAUUAAAAAUAU